AGGGUUUCUCCAGCCGGAUGGAUUCUGGGAUCCUGUCCUGCUGCAGUUGCUGCUGCCUCUGUGCUCCUGCAUCAAACGUGAAAGGCUGUUUGAGCAGCCGAUGCUGUUAAACUGACCGAGUCCAAAGUUUAGACGGUUAGCUCUUAACUCUGUCAAUAGAAGACUUUUGGAAGGCAUUUCAACUUUUGAACUCGACGCUGUGUAAAAUCCUGUAUAGUGAAUUUAAAUCUAGUGAUAAUUGGCUUCCUUUCUUCAUUACUUUUCAUAUAGCCCUUUAGAAGUAAUCCUGGGAUAAUCCCCGGGGAUAAUCUCCCCGGGGUCUAUAGAGUAUAGAUGGAAAACAACUGACUUAAGGUGGGAGGAAAGCAUCCUUCUUAAUUGGUUUUCUACAGCUUCCAUCUUCAGUGAGGUUUCACUGGUAAAAAUCAGCGGUACAAGUUCGUAAAAGGUAAAAUUGGUGAUGAUUUUGCACCUUGUCAGGAACAGACACUUUGGGGAUGCAAAGGUUUUGUGGAAUGUGAUACUAAAAAACAAUUUCUUAACAGCAAUUCCGUGGGAUUCUUAAAUUAGAUUCUACAUGGGUUAUCUGGAAGAAUCUGUCGGUUCAGAUAUCCAGUGAAAGUACAGAAAUGUGUCCUGAGAAGCAAAGAUCUUAAUCUAGUGUGAAUUUGAGGAUUACAAUCGAGAUUCCCAUGUACUGAGUGUUGUUCCCUAUGAUGAUUUGGGCUUUAGUCCUGUCAAAUUUUUAUUUUUAGGAUAUUUAGGAUAAGGUGACGCUCCUGCUUGUGAUCCAGUCAUCAGCAUCCUCACCAGGAUGAAGGAUACUCAGAGUUUGCUUUCUAAAGCACAAGGUUUAGGCUCGAGCUCAGUCAAACUUCGAGGGGGCUCGCUGUUUAUGAAUGUUGGGAAGUCGGAGAAGCAAGAAGAAGAUUUUAGACAAACACCUCACGUGAACAUCAAUCCCUUCACUCCAGAUUCCAUGUUCCUUCACAACUCUGAAGGCAAAUGUCGUAGGAGGAAGAGGAUACACUGGAAUGACUCUUGUGGAGAGGACAUGGAACCAAGCGAUGGAGAGCCUGAGGAGGAAACCAUGAGACCUGCUAAGAGGAUAACAAUAACAGAAAGUAACAUGAAGUCACGGUAUGCAACCGAAUUCCAUGAACUGGAGAAGAUUGGGUCUGGUGAAUUUGGCUCCGUGUUUAAGUGUGUGAAGAGGCUGGAUGGCUGCAUCUAUGCAAUAAAAAGAUCCAAGAAACCCUUGGCUGGCUCAGUGGAUGAGCAGAAUGCUUUAAGAGAGGUCUAUGCACAUGCAGUUCUGGGACAGCAUUCUCAUGUAGUGAGGUACUACUCUGCAUGGGCAGAAGAUGAUCACAUGCUUAUACAGAAUGAAUAUUGCAAUGGUGGCAGUUUAGCAGAUGCCAUAAGUGAAAAUUACAGGAAUAUGCGUUACUUUACUGAGCCAGAACUGAAGGACCUGCUGCUUCAAGUGGCUCGAGGUUUAAAGUACAUUCAUUCAAUGUCUCUGGUACACAUGGAUAUCAAACCUAGUAACAUUUUCAUAUCUAGAACAUCAGUCCCGACUGUAACUCUAGAGGAAGGUGAUGAUGAUGAUUGGUCAUCUGAUAGAGUCAUAUUUAAAAUAGGUGACCUGGGCCAUGUAACUCGAGUCUCUAGUCCUCAAGUGGAAGAGGGUGACAGCCGUUUCCUUGCAAAUGAAGUUCUACAAGAGAACUACACUCACUUGCCAAAAGCAGAUAUUUUUGCUCUCGCUCUGACUGUUGUCUGUGCUGCUGGGGCCGAACCACUUCCAACCAAUGGGGACCAAUGGCAUGAAAUUCGGCAAGGAAAACUGCCCAGACUACCACAAGUGCUUUCUCAAGAAUUACUAGAGUUACUAAAAGUUAUGAUUAAUCCUGAUCCUGAGAAAAGGCCUUCGGCUGUGGCACUAGUGAAGCAUUCAGUGCUUCUCUCUGCCGCAAAAAAGAGCGCGGAGCAGCUCCGGAUAGAGCUGAAUGCUGAAAAAUUCAAGAACUCACUCUUGCAGAAAGAGCUGAAGAAGGCGCAGCUGGCGAAGGCCGCGGCCGAGGAGCGAGCGCUGUUCACUGAUAGAAUGACCACGAGAUCCACGACGCAGAACCGACCGUCCCGGCUCAUCGGGAAGAAAAUGAACCGCUCCCUGAGCCUCACCAUAUACUAACCAUGGAGUCCAGAGAUGGCCAUGGCUUCUCUGCUGGACCGAAGCCUACGGAAUUGAAGGAAGCUUUCAAUUCCUGGUUUCCUCUUGUGGGAUCGGUACCACCAGUUCUGUAGCUAUUGGUUCUGGGUUUUUACUUGUACUCUGUGGCUGGUUUUAUAUUAAGCGUUUGAGUUAAUGGACUCGGUUACUCUCCUGUCUGUAGAGGGUCCUGGAUGUUAUUCCAUAAACCUUUCGGUUACACUGUUAGAUGUUACGUUAUCCCAGGGUUAACCACUCUAGUGGUGUGCUGCUUUGUAGUGUUACAGCGUUGUAAUAAAAAGCAAUAUCCCUAAUCUUUUAAGAAGGAGGGAGGGGGCCUUACUUUGAUAGUUAAUUUUUUUUUUUUUUGGAGCCGAGGGGGAAUUAAUUUUGAAAGACAGGCUUUUAGGCCACCUACAGUCAAUGUACCUGAUGUCAGGUAGACUUUUGUUGUGAAUUUUAUUUGUGUAUUCAACUGGGAGCACUUUGUAGGCAUUGCAUAAACCACAGCUUAGGAACCUGUGGAAUUAAGUGCCAUGUGGAACUGCUGCUAUUUUUAGUUCAGUGUCCUUGCUGUAAACUGUAGCAUUAAAACAAUCAUUAUUGUGUUAAUAGGCUUCUUGUUAAAGCAAUUAAGUGAAACAAAUGUAAGCUGCAUUUUAGUGAAGGCAGCAUUUUUCUCUCAAAGCUAGUGCAUUGUGAAAAAAUGCACCAAUUUAAUAUUUGGACUCUGUAUUAGUGUAGUGCAAUUGUUAAUGUCUUUGCUAUUGAUACUUUGUUCUUCUUUCUAAUAAGGUUCUCUGACUGUUCAUAUUUUCUUCAGUUGCCCAUCCUUGAGGCUAUUGUAUGUUUGCGUUUUUUAUGUUGGAAUAUUUGUAAAUAGUUGUUUAGUGUGUUCAGGUUGUUUUUCAUUGUUUAUGUACAUAAGUUUGAUCAAGCUUAUAGUGUACUAUACAGAAACUGCAGUCUGGGAUGCCAACAGACACAGCUUAACUAUUUAGUUUGAAGUUUCAAAAUGUGGAACAGAAUGUGGCCGUGGAACCGGUGCUGUUAUUGAACCUAGGCUGACAGAAGAACUGUUCUGAUUACUGGCUUGUCUCUUCAUUCAUUUUACUUAAAACAAUGUUUCCCUUUUGUGCUCUAAUUGUUCUUACUAGUGUUGAAUUUGAAUAUUAAAGUUAAAAGUUCUGUUUGUUUAA